AUGGCAAUAGGUGAUAAUUCUAGGCACAUUAGUGGUGCCAAAUUGGUUUCAAAAGUAAAAGGAAACCAUUUCCACAGACAAGAAUCGAAAGUAGAGAACAUAAAUUAUAUGAUUGGCAAGAAUGUGUGGAUAAAAGUGGAUACUGAUGAACUCUUUGCCGAAGCAACUGUCAAAUCUAUCGAUUCAGAACUCAUUUGUGUAAAAUAUAAGGGAGAAGAAAUAACAUUGAGGAUAGAUGACUGCCUAAACAAUCUAUCGGACAUAGAACCUUUACACAUUUCUGAUUUGGUGAAAAUACCACAUGCUAAUAGUGCAGUUGUAUUGGAUAUUCUGAAUAAAAGGUUCCAGAAUGACGUCAUAUAUACAUAUGCAGGGAAGUUAUUGGUGGCGUUGAACCCGUUCAAACAACUCUCUAAUCUCUACGGGGAAUCCGUCAUUAAAAAGUAUUGUGGAGCCAUUACAAAAUUUGGAUUCCCGCCAGAUUUAGAACCUCAUUCGUAUGCAGUUGCUCAAAGUGCUAUGAAUGGUUUGAUUAAUAAUAAUAGAUCUCAGUCAUGCAUUGUGAGUGGAGAAUCUGGAGCAGGCAAAACCGAAACGGCUAAGCAAUUGAUGAGCUUUUUUGCAUAUGGGCAAACUUCAAAUGACAAUAAAGUACAAAAUGCAAUAUUAGGCACAAAUUUAUUACUAGAAUCAUUUGGAAAUGCUAAAACCUUAAACAAUAAUAAUUCCUCAAGGUUUGGAAAAUUUUUGAAGUUAUUGUUAAAUCCAGAUGGAGGAAUAAAAGGUGGAGUAUUAUCAAGUUAUAUGUUAGAACUAUCAAGAAUAGAAUUUCAAAAUGAAAACGAACGAAAUUUUCAUAUAUUUUAUCAAUGCAUUAAAGGCUUAAGUAAUGAAGAGAAAGGUAUUUACGGGUUUCUAUCCUUGGACUCUUACAAAUUUUUAAAUAAAUGGAAGUGUUAUGAUGCACCUGGAAUAGAUGAUAUCAAAGAUUUCGCGGAACUUAGAAAACAAUUAAAAAUAUUGUUCUCCGAAGAAGAUUGUGUCAACUUUUUUAAAUGCAUAUCGGGGAUAUUAUUAUUGGGAAAUGUUGAGUUUGAAGAGACAAGUGCUAUGGGUGUAGAUAAUGCAGCAAAAAUUAGUAACGAUGAUACGUUUCAGGACAUGUGUAAUUUAUUAGGUAUUGAUCCAGAAUUGGCACGAAAGGCAGUAACACAAAAGGUUGUAGCUAUAAACAAUUCUGUUAUAGAAUCUUCAGUUACAACAGCCAUAGCUGAGGUGAAUACCAAAGCAAUGGCUAAAGAUUUAUAUGGAGCCUUAUUUGAAUAUUGUAUAGAUUCUGUAAACCAAAUCAUACAAUUUGAUUCGGAUGCAAACAACUGGAUCGGUAUUCUAGAUAUUUAUGGGUUCGAAUAUUUUGAACACAACACAUACGAACAACUUUUGAUUAAUUAUGCUAACGAAAGAUUGCAGAAAUAUUUUAUAAAUCAGGUGUUUCAAUCUGAAGUUAAUAUUUACCAGGAAGAGGGAAUUGAUCACUCAUGUAUAGUAUUUACGGAUAACUCGAAUAUUCUGCAAAUUUUUGAUAAACCAAAUCAAUCUAUAUUUUCAUUUCUUGAAGAACAAUGUCUUAUACAAACAGGAUCUUCUGAAAAGUUCACCCAAAGUUGUAAAUCAAAAAUAAAUAAUGAUAAUUUUCUUCCUUCCAAGGGAGAACAGUGUUCCUUUACAAUCGUUCAUACCGCGGCCACUGUAACCUAUAAUACGGAAGAAUUCGUGGUGAAAAACAAACACAAAUUAUCACAAAGUAUUUUAGAUCUUCUGAUAAAUUCCAAAAAUCAUCUUGUUUGUGAAUGUUCCAAAAAAAUACCAAAUGAGAAUGGGAAUAUGAAGGGGAAAUUUUUGGGGUCCUUAUUCCAAAAAUCUAUAUUAUCAUUAAUGAAUUGUUUGGAAACUACUGACUCGCACUUUGUACGUUGCAUAAAAACAAACCAAGAAAAGAUCCCAAAUUUUUACAACUUUAAAGGUGUAUAUGAUCAGCUUAUAUCGUUAUCUAUUUUGGAGUCUAUUCAAACAAUUCACCGUGGAUUUGCAUAUAAGGCAUUAUUUUCAGAGUUUAUAAAAGAAAAUGAACUCUUAAGUUCUGUGUCAUCUUCAUCUCAGAACUCACCUGAAGAUCUAAAAGCAAAUGUCAAGUCCAUAUUAGAUAAUUUGGCUAUACCUCAAAGUGAAUAUAGGAUCGGGAAAACAAAGCUCUUUCUUAGGAAGAAUGGUUGGAUUCUAUUGGAACAAAAUUUCCUUCAAUUCACAAAUAUGUUAAAGCCGAUGGGUGAUUUGUUAUAUAGAUAUUACAGGUCAAACUUAACCAAAAGGAUAUUUAACAACACAAAAGCACUUAUUAUCAGACUACAAUCUAAUAUAAGACGGUUUAAUGUCCAGGGAUGCAAGAUGAAGAAGUUGGAGGAUAUAUCCAAUUUUGUUGGCACAUUUCUUAUUCUAGAUUUUAUAAAUAGAAAGGACAAAAAAGAGGCAGCGGCUGUUUUCAUUCAAAGUUUUUUUAGAAUGUAUAUUAUUAGAAAAUCCUAUUUGGAUAGAUUAGAGACUUUUAGAAAAGAAUUAAUAAAACAAAGGGUAGAAAAAAAUUUGAAACUCUUUAAAAGAUGUUAUAAUGUUCUAUCAAUUACAAAUUACCUAAAAAAUAUUUAUAGAUCGGCAUUAUUGAAUAAAUCAGCUACAAUUAUCGCUUCAGGCUGGCGUAUGCACCUAGCAAUAAAAUUAGCAAAUGAGUUACGGAUUUCAAAAAUUAGGGAAUUUUCUGCCAUAUUUAUACAGAAGCAUAUUAGAGGAUAUUUACAACGUAAAAUUUAUACAUAUAUCCGUGAGAUAACUCCAUAUAUAAUUUUGAUUCAGGCAUUUGCAAGGGGCUACUUGAUCAGAAAACGUUUUGAUGGAAAUUAUAAACAUUUUACUUCCAUUCGUAGAAGAUUAAAAUUUUCAAAAUGUUUAGUUUUCCUUCAAAAUUCGAUACGAGCUAUUACAGCCAGGAAUUUAUUGUAUGUAUUCUAUCAGGAUGUUCUAACAAUUCAAAGUUUUUUCUGGACCCGUUAUUGGUAUAGGGAAUUCUAUAGAAUACAGAAUGCAGACGCUAUAAUAAAAUCUACUUGGAGAUCUUAUAAAUUUAAAUCCAUAAUUAGGGAUGAGAAGGAGAAGUUGUUGAUACGUUCUCAAAAGAGAGAAGUAGAAGAUAUAACAAGAACAGAAACUCUGACUUCCUUACUAAUUUUCAACAAAUACAAGAAUUCGGUUGAUUCUUGGCUGCCAAUUCACAUAAAUGUUUCGACUUCUCUGAAGGAAUUUUAUCCCAGGGGUUGGAGUCAAACACUUUUACACAUCAUAAAUUUAAACGGGAAAAGAACUAUCACAGGGUUAUCAAUGGGUGCGUUUCACACUGUAGUAGUCCUUGAUGGAAUCUAUGUUCAUACGUUUGGAUUAAAUGAUAGGGGUCAAUUGGGAACAUCAAUUAAGCAUCAAAAAGAAACAUCGGAACCAAUAACAAUAAUAAAAGAACGUUUACUAAUCAAAGACGUUCAAUGUGGCAUAGAACACACUCUUUUAUUAUUGAACGAUGGAUCUGUCUACAGCUGGGGAUUCAAUAAGCAUGGACAAUGUGGUAUAGGUUGCAAGGAUGAAAUAGUUGAUAAGCCAACUCUCGUGCGUUUUCCAGUCCUGAAUGGAGCUCCGGUUAUCAUUUCUAAAAUCAGUGCCGGGGAGUAUCAUAACUUGGCUCUCACUGAAGAUGGUAGGCUAUACAUUUGGGGAAGAGGGACGCACACAAAUCUUGCAGUUUGUUCUGAUAAAACAAAAUUGUCAGAUAUAUUCAAACCACUUGAAAUAUUUUCUUCUCAUGGGAACAGAUAUUCCGGACCAAGGAAAAUAAAAAAUAUUUUUUGUGGAAAACAAGUAACCUAUCUUCUGUCUGAGGAGGACAACCUAUAUUCCUUUGGAAAUAGCUAUAAUGGGCAACUUGGACACAAUACUGUUGAUCGCCCAUCGAACGGUCUGCAUAUGGAUAGAUUGCAAGUGUUAGGUAUCGGUAAAGUUGCUUUAUUUGCACAUGGACCUAAUUUUACUAUAUCAACUGACAUAUUUGGAAACAUUUAUCAAUGGGGAACAAUAUUAACUGUAAAUCCGGAUACAAAUGAAUACUCCAAAGUUGUAAUUCAUAAACCUAUACCUGUUGAUAUUGACAAAGAUGUGAUAGGAUCUCCUCCAGUGAAAAUUACCAUAGGAUGGUGGGAAACAACCAUACUUACUGAAGAUUUAACGGUUUGGGGGUGGAAUUAUUCCGUAAUCGGUGCUACCAUUCGACCGGUUUUGUAUAGAUAUUCAAUCCUAGACGAUGUAUCUUGCAGCGAUAUUUUAUCUUUAUCGUCCCCUGCACUUAGUUCUACACUUGUAAAACUAUAA